AUGGUGCGGACUAAAGCAGACAGUGUCCCAGGCACCUACAGAAAAGUGGUGGCUUCUCGAGCCCCCAGGAAGGUGCUUGGUUCCUCCACUUCUGCCACUAAUUCUGCGUCGCCUUCAUCAAGGAAGGCUGAAAAUAAGUACACAGGAGGGAAUCCAGUUUGUGUACGCCCAACUCCCAAGUGGCAAAAAGGAAUUGGAGAAUUCUUCAGGCUGUCCUCUAAAGAUUCUGGAAAAGAGAAUCAGAUUCCUGAAGAGGCAGGAAGCAGUGGCUUAGGAAAAGCAAAGAGAAAAGCAUGUCCUUUGCAACCUGAUCACACAGAUGAAGAAAAAGAAUAGAACUCCUCUUUACUCUGGCCUUCUACAAUGUAAAU